AUGAUCCUGCUCGCGCCGCCAGCGCCAGCGGCGGCCUCCGCCGCGCUCCCCGUCCAGCAGUGCGACGCGAUGCGGGACGUGGCGCUCACCCAGAGCGCGGGCCACCGCCAGUCGAACCGCGCCAAGAAGUUCGCCGUGGAGGUGGCGAACCGGGGCGGCGGCGCCGUGUCGGGGAUCCACCCCAUGUGCGGGUACAGCUUCCGCACCGUCUGGCCCGUCAACCCCGACGUCAUCUCCGAGGUCGGCCACGGCGACUGCCUCCUCGUCGGCGGCGGCUCCGUCGCGUCCGGGGCCACCGUCUCCUUCAACUACACCAGCUACGUGAGAUACGACAUGACCCUGCUCGCAGCCACCUGCGACGGCGACGGCGGCUCCUGA